CGUCUGGGCUGAGGCUCCUGCCCAGAUCACGACGCGCAACUUCCCCAUCUUUCCGGCCUAGCCCGGACUGCGGGAGAACUACCCCGGCAGCGCGCGGAGUUCCUGGCACUUUCCGGCAGUCUCUCUUGUUAACUGCCCGGGGACUGACUUUGCGCACUCUCAGGCUGACCUGUCCGAGCUCUAACAUUCCGGCCAUGACUGCAGCCGGGACUCCCGGGAUCUCCUCCCGCGCGCGCCGGACUGCCAACUCCUCCAGCUUUCAGGCGAUAUCUCCGCAGCCGCCCCGGAUAGCGCUGCUUCUGUCACUGGUAAGCUGCGUCCUGGCACAGCCCGCUGCCCCCGGCCAAGAAUUGCUAUCCCCGGGUCUCGCGGGGGCUUCAGGUGUCCCUGCGGAGAAGGCCAUAGUGCUGGCGAACCGCGGACUCCGGGUGCCCUUUGGUCGUGAAGUGUGGCUAGAUCCCCUGCACGACCUGGUUUUGCAGGUGCAGCCGGGGGAUCGCUGCGCAGUGACCGUGGUAGACAACGACGCGCUGGCCCAACGGCCCGGUCGCCUGAGUCCCAAGCGCUUCCCUUGCGACUUCGGCCCUGGCGAAGUGAGCUACUCGCACCUGGGCGCGCGCAGUCCGUCGCGGGACCGGGUCCGGUUGCAGCUGCGCUAUGACGCUCCGGGAGGGGCGAUAGUGCUUCCGCUGGUGCUGGAGGUGGAGGUGGUCUUCACCCAGCUGGAGGUUGUGACUCGAAACUUGCCCUUGGUGGUGGAAGAACUCUUGGGGACCAGCAAUGCCCUGGACGCGCGGAGCCUGGAAUUUGCCUACCAGCCCGAGACAGAGGAGUGCCGCGUGGGCAUCCUGUCCGGCUUGGGCGCGCUGCCUCGCUAUGGAGAACUCCUCCACUACCCGCAGGUCCCUGCAAGAGCCAGGGAGGCAGGCGCCCCGGAGCCUCUCCUGAUGGACUGCAAAGCUUUCCAGGAGCUAGGCGUGCGCUACCGCCACACAGCCUCCAGUCGUUCACCAAACCGGGACUGGGUGCCCAUGGUAGUGGAGCUGCGUUCGCGAGGGGCUCCUGUGGGCAGCCCUGCUUUGAAACGCGAGCACUUCCAGGUGCUAGUGAGGAUACGCGGAGGGGCCGAGAACACCGCGCCCAAGCCCAGUUUUGUGGCCAUGAUGAUGAUGGAGGUGGACCAGUUUGUCCUGACCGCCCUGACCCCAGACAUGCUGGCGGCUGAGGAUGCAGAGUCUCCCGCGGACCUGCUGGUCUUCAACCUCACCUCUCCGCUCCAGCCUGGCCAGGGCUACUUGGUGAGCACUGAUGAUCGCAGCCUGCCCCUCUCCUCCUUCACCCAGCAGGAUCUGCGCCUCCUGAAGAUUGCCUACCAGCCCCCGUCCGAGGACUCGGACCAGGAGCGUGUUUUUGAACUGGAGCUGGAGGUCGUGGACCCUGAAGGCGCAGCCUCAGACCCUUUUGCCUUCAUGGUAGUGGUGAAGCCCAUGAACACACUGGCUCCCGUGGUCACCCGGAACACUGGCCUUAUUCUCUACGAGGGUCAGUCUCGGCCCCUGGCAGGCCCCGCAGACAGUGGACCACAAAACUUGGUCAUCAGCGAUGAGGAUGACUUAGAAGCAGUGCGCCUGGAGGUGGUGGCUGGACUCCGGCACGGUCACCUUGUUAUUUUGGGUGCCUCCAGUGGCAUCUCUGCUCCCAAGACUUUUACAGUGGCGGAGCUGGCAGCUGGGCAGGUGGUCUACCAGCACGACGACAAGGAUGGCUCCCUGAGUGACAACCUGGUGCUUCGCAUGGUGGAUGGAGCAGGCAGGCACCCGGUGCAGUUCCUAUUCCCCAUCACCUUAGUGCCUGUGGACGACCAGCCACCGGUUCUCAAUGCCAACACGGGGCUCACACUGGCAGAGGGUGAAACAGUGCCCAUCUUGCCCCCUGCUCUGAGUGCAACUGACAUGGAUUCAGAUGACUCUCUGCUGCUUUUUGUGCUGGAGUCCCCAGCCUCAACUACAGGGCACCUGCUUCUUCGACAAACUCAUCCUCCCCAUGAGGAGAAGGAGCUUAGUGGGGGCUUUUGGAGGAAGCAGGGAGCAUUCUACGAGCGGACAGUGACAGAGUGGCAGCAAAAGGACAUAAUGGAAGGGAGGCUGUUCUACAGGCACUCGGGGACCCACAGUCCUGGGCCAGUCAUGGACCAGUUCACGUUCAGAGUCCAGGAUAACCAUGACCCCCCUAAUCAAUCUGGCCCACAGAGGUUUGUGAUACGCAUUCAUCCUGUGGAUCGCCUCCCUCCAGAGCUGGGCCUUGGCUGUCCCCUUCGGAUGGUGGUGCAGGAAUCCCAGCUCACACCACUGAGGAAGAAGUGGCUGCGCUACACUGACCUGGACACAGAUGACCGAGAACUGCGUUACACAGUGACCCAGCCUCCCAUGGACACGGAUGAAAACCACUCACCAGCCCCGCUGGGCACCUUGGUCUUGACUGACAACCCCUCAGUUGUGGUGACCCAUUUUACCCAAGCCCAGAUCAACCACCAUAAAAUUGCUUAUAGACCUCCAGGUCAAGAGCUGGGAGUGGCUGCUCGAGUGGCCCAGUUCCAAUUCCAUGUGGAGGAUCGAGCUGGGAAUGUGGCUCCGGGCACCUUCACCCUUUACUUGCAGCCAGUGGACAACCAGCCACCUGAGAUCCUCAACACUGGCUUUACUAUCCAGGAGAAGGGCCACCACAUCCUGAGUGAGACUGAGUUACAUGUGAAAGAUGUAGACACUGAUGUUGCUCACAUCUCUUUUACUCUCACACAGGCACCCAAACAUGGCCACAUGCAAGUGUCUGGACAACAGCUGCAUGUUGGGGGACUCUUUUAUUUGGAAGAUAUAAAACAGGGGCGAGUUUCCUAUUCCCACAGUGGAGAUGAGUCCCUGACAGAUAGCUGCUCCUUGGAAGUCAGUGACAGGCACCAUGUGGUGCCCAUCACUCUCAGAGUAAAUGUCCGGCCCGUGGACAAUGAGGCGCCCAUUCUGAGCCUUCCUACUGGCACUCUGGAGUCCUAUUUAGAUGUCUUAGAAAAUGGGGCUACUGAACUCACUGCCAAUGUUAUUAAGGGGAACAAUGAUGACACCGACGAUUUUAUGUUGACUUUUCUGUUGGAAGAUCCACCCUUGUAUGGAGAAAUCCUGGUCAAUGGAGUCCCAGCAGAGCAGUUUACCCAAAAAGACAUCUUAGAGGGAUCUGUUGUCUAUGCCCACACCAGUGGUGAAAUAGGUCUAUUGCCCAAAGCAGACUCUUUCAACCUAAGUCUGUCUGAUAUAUCUCAAGAAUGGAGAAUUCGUGGCAACACCAUCCAAGGAGUUACUGUGUGGGUGACCAUCCUCCCUGUUGACAGCCAGGCCCCAGAAAUUUCUGUGGGUGAACAGUUCACAGUAAUGGAAGGGGACAAAAGUGUUAUAACUUCAAUGCAUAUAAGUGCUGAAGAUAUGGAUUCCAUGAAUGAUGACAUCUUGUGCACUAUAGUCAUUCAACCUACCUCAGGUUAUGUUGAAAACAUUUCUCCAGCACCAGGCUCAGAGAAAUCAAGAACAGGAAUUGCCAUAAGUGCCUUCACUCUGAAAGAUCUUAGACAGAGUCACAUUUACUAUGUCCAGAGUGUCCAUAAAGGGGUGGAGCCUGUGGAAGACCGAUUUAUAUUUCGUUGUUCUGAUGGCAUUAACUUUUCAGAGAGACAUUUUUUUCCCAUUGUAAUCAUUCCCACCAAUGAUGAACAGCCAGAAAUAUUUAUGAGAGAAUUUAUGGUGAUGGAAGGCAUGAGUCUGGUGAUUGAUACGCCCAUUCUCAAUGCUGCUGAUGCUGACAUUCCCCCAGAUGGUCUAACUUUCACUAUUACCCAGUUUCCUACUCAUGGUCACGUCAUGAACCAGCUAAUAAAUGGCACAGUUUUGGUUGAAAGUUUCACCUUGGACCAGAUUAUAGAGAGUUCCAGUAUUAUUUACGAACAUGAUGACUCUGAGACCCAGGAAGAUAGCUUUGUAAUUAAACUAACAGAUGGCAAGCAUUCUGUAGAAAAGAUGGUUCUCAUUAUGGUUAUCCCAGUUGAUGAUGAGACCCCCAGAAUGAGCAUCAAUAAUGGACUAGAAAUUGAAAUCGGGGAAACCAAAAUUAUCAACAACAAAAUAUUAACGGCAACUGAUUUAGACUCUGAAGACAAAUCAUUGAUUUAUAUUAUUCGUUAUGGACCAGGACAUGGCUUAUUACAGAGAAGAAAGCCUGUAGGAGCCUUUGAAAAUAUCACUCUGGGCAUGAAUUUUACUCAAGAUGAAGUGGACAGAAACUUAAUUCAGUAUGUUCAUUUUGGGAAAGAGGGCAUCCGGGACCUAAUUAAGUUUGACGUGACUGAUGGAAUAAACACCCUCAUAGAUCGCUACUUUUAUGUGUCCAUUGGGAGCAUUGAUAUUGUCUUCCCAGAUGUGAUAAGUAAGGGGGUGUCUUUGAAAGAAGGUGGUAAGGUCACUCUCACAACAGACCUACUAAGCACUAGCGACUUGAACAGUCCUGAUGAAAACUUAGUUUUCACCAUCACCAGGGCUCCCAUGAGAGGUCACUUAGAGUGCACUGAUCAACUGGGACUGCCCAUCACAUCUUUCACACAGCUCCAGCUGGCUGGCAACAAAAUCUACUACAUCCACACAGCUGAGGAUGAGGUAAAGAUGGACAGUUUUGAGUUUCAAGUCACUGAUGGACGUAACCCUGUCUUCCGAACAUUCCGUAUCUCCAUUAGUGAUGUGGACAACAAAAAGCCAGUGGUCACCAUCCAUAACCUGAUUGUCAGUGAAAGUGAAAACAAGCUGAUCACUCCUUUUGAACUCACUGUUGAAGACAGAGAUACUCCUGACAAACUUCUGAAAUUUAUUGUCACCCAGGUGCCUGUCCACGGUCAUCUCCUAUUCAAUAAUACCAGGCCUACCAUGAUUUUUACCAAGCAAGACUUGAAUGAAAACUUAAUCAGCUACAGACAUGAUGGCACCGAGUCAAGUGAAGACAGCUUCUCCUUCACAGUGACGGACGGCACCCACACGGACUUCUAUGUUUUUCCUGACACAGUAUUUGAAACAAGGAGACCCCAAGUGAUGAAGAUCCACAUUUUAGCUGUUGAUGAUAGUGUCCCCCAAAUUUCAGUGAAUAAAGGGGCCUCUACACUUCGCAUGCUGGCCAUUGGCCACUUGGGAUUCAUGAUUACAAGCAAAGUAUUGAAAGCAGAGGACAGAGACAGCCUGCACUUUUCUCUCAGGUUCAUCGUGACAGAGUCCCCUCAACAUGGCCACCUCCUCAACUUGGGGAAAGGCAACUAUAGCAUCACUCAGUUUACCCAAGCUGACAUUGAUGACAUGAAAAUAUGCUAUGUCUUAAGAGAAGGGGCUAAUGCCACAAGUGAUAAGUUCCGCUUUGCAGUUGAAGAUGGUGGUGGAAACAAGUUAACCAACCAACAUUUUCGUCUAAAUUGGGCGUGGAUCUCAUUUGAAAAGGAAUAUUAUCUUAUCAACGAGGACUCCAAAUUUGUAGAUAUUGUUCUUAAACGUAGGGGUUACUUGGGAGAAACUUCUUUUAUAAGUAUUGCUACAAGAGAUGGCACGGCAGAAAAAGACAAAGACUUCAAGGGCAAGGCCCAGAAACAAGUGCAGUUCAACCCAGGCCAGAGCAGAGCCACAUGGAGGGUGCGGAUCGUGAGCGAUGGGACGCAUGAACAGUCUGAGACCUUCCAAGUGGUUCUCUCAGAGCCUGUGCUGGCUGCCCUAGAAUUCCCCGCAGUGACCACAGUGGAGAUUGUUGACCCAGGAGACGAAUCAACCGUAUUUAUUCCCCAGUCUGGAUACUCCAUUGAAGAAGACAUUGGCGAACUAUUCAUUCCCAUCAGGAGAAGUGGAGAUGUCAGCCAAGAGUUAAUGGUGCUCUGUUAUACCCAACAAGGAACAGCAACGGGAACUGUGCCGACUUCAGUGUUGUCUUAUUCUGAUUACAUAUCCAGGCCUGAGGACCACACCAGUGUUGUUCGAUUUGACAAGGAUGAGCGGGAGAAAAUGUGUCGGAUAGUUGUUAUUGAUGACUCCUUGUACGAAGAAGAGGAAACAUUCCGUGUCCUCCUGAGCAUGGCCAUGGGUGGGAGAAUAGGAUCAGAGUUCCCAGGAGCUCAGAUUACAAUCCUCCCUGACAAAGAUGAUGAACCCAUCUUCUACUUUGGUGAUGUCGAGUACUCUGUGGAUGAGAGCACCAGCUAUGUGGAAGUGCGAGUGUGGAGAACAGGCACUGACCUGUCCAAGUCUUCUAGUGUCACGGUGAGAUCUCGGAAAACAGAUCCUCCCUCUGCAGAUGCUGGAACAGACUAUGUGGGAAUCAGUCGUAAUUUAGAUUUUGCACCUGGAGUCAACAUGCAGACUGUUCGUGUUACUAUCCUUGAUGACCUUGGACAACCAGUGCUGGAGGGAAUUGAGAAAUUUGAAUUGGUCCUUCGUAUGCCUAUGAAUGCAGCCCUCGGAGAGCCCAGCAAAGCAACAGUGUCCAUAAAUGACUCUGUCUCUGAUUUGCCUAAGAUGCAGUUCAAAGAACGAGUGUACACUGGCAGUGAAAAUGGUGGGCAGAUAAUUGCAAUGAUCCACAGAAGUGGGGAUGUCCAGUACAGGUCUUCGGUGAGAUGCUACACACGUCAGGGAUCUGCGCAGGUCAUGAUGGACUUUGAAGAACGCCCCAACACUGAUAUCUCCAUCAUCACUUUCCUCCCUGGUGAGACGGAAAAGCCUUGCAUCCUCCAGCUGAUGGACGACACUCUCUAUGAAGAGGUGGAGGAGCUCCGCCUGGUACUCGGCACUCCACACAGCAACUCUCCCUUUGGAGCAGCAGUUGGCGAACAAAAUGAAACUCUGAUAAGGAUCCAAGAUGAUGCUGAUAAAACUGUUAUUAAAUUUGGAGAAACCAAAUUUAGUGUCACCGAACCCAAAGAACCAGGAGAGUUAGUAGUGGUAACAAUUCCAGUGAUUCGCCAAGGAGAUACUUCGAAGGUUUCCAUUGUGAGAGUCCACACCAAGGAUGGCUCAGCCACCUCUGGAGAAGACUAUCACCCCGUGUCAGAAGAAAUUGAGUUUAAGGAAGGAGAAACCCAGCAUGUUGUUAAAAUUGAAGUAAUCUUCGAUGGUGUAAGAGAGAUGAGAGAGGCCUUCACUGUUCACCUAAAGCCAGAUGAAAAUAUGAUAGCAGAGACACAGGCUACCAAAGCCAUAGUAUAUAUAGAAGAAACGAACAGCAUGGCAGAUGUCACUUUUCCUUCUGUCCCUCAAGUUGUGUCCUUGCUGAUGUAUGAUGACACUUCCAGAACUAAAGAGAGUGCUGGCCCUGUGUCUGGCUACCCUGUCAUCUGUAUCACAGCUUGCAACCCCAAAUAUUCAGAUUAUGACAAAACGGGUUCUAUAUGUGCAAGUGAGAACAUCAACGACACAUUGACCCAGUACCGAUGGCUCAUUAGUGCACCUGCUGGCCCUGACGGUGUGACCAGCCCUAUGAGAGAAGUGGACUUCGACACUUUUUUCACAUCAUCCAAGAUGAUCACGCUGGACUCCAUAUACUUUCAGCCUGGCUCCAGGGUGCAGUGUGCAGCUCGUGCAGUGAACACCAAUGGGAAUGAAGGGUUGGAGCUCGUGAGCCCUAUUGUAACCAUCAGCAGAGAAGAAGGUCUUUGUCAGCCCCGUGUGCCUGGGGUCGUGGGAGCUGAGCCAUUCUCAGCUAAAUUGCGCUACACAGGCUCUGAGGACCCUGACUACACAAACCUCAUCAAGCUCACUGUCACAAUGCCACACAUAGAUGGCAUGCUGCCUGUGAUCUCUACGAGAGAGCUUUCCAACUUUGAACUCACCCUCAGCCCCGAUGGCACAAGAGUUGGAAACCACAAGUGCUCCAACCUUCUGGAUUAUACUGAAGUGAAGACCCACCAUGGUUUCUUGACUGAUGCUACAAAAAAUCCAGAAAUUAUUGGAGAGAUGUAUCCUUACCAGUACAGCUCAUCUAUCAGAGGCUCCGGUACCUUACGCUUUUACCGAAACCUAAACCUGGAGGCCUGCUUGUGGGAGUUUGUCAGCUACUAUGACAUGUCAGAACUUCUGGCGGACUGUGGAGGUACCAUUGGAACAGACGGUCAGGUCCUAAACCUCGUGCAGUCUUAUGUGACCCUCAGAGUCCCUCUAUAUGUGUCCUACCUGUUCCAUUCUCCCGUGGGCGUAGGCGGUUGGCAGCAUUUUGACUUGAAGUCUGAGCUUCGUCUGACUUUUGUGUAUGACACUGCCAUCUUGUGGAAUGAUGGGAUAGGCAGUCCCCCAGAAGCAGAACUCCAAGGGUCUCUCUAUCCAACCAGCAUGCGUAUUGGUGAAGAGGGGCGCUUGACUGUGAACUUCAAGACGAAGGCUCAAUUCCACGGUUUGUUUGUGCUGUCACAUCCCGCAUCCUUUACAAACUCAAUGAUCAUGUCAGCUGAUCAUCCAAGCCUGACGUUUUCCCUCCGCCUCAUAAGAAGUGAGCCAACCUAUAACCAGCCAGUACAGCAAUGGACCUUCGUCUCCAACUUUGCAGUACGUGACUACUCAGGGACCUAUACCGUAAAAUUGCUUCCAUGCAUCGCCCCAUCAAGUCAGGAGUACUACCUGCCUGUCACCUGCAACCCCAGAGAGCCUCUCACCUUUGACCUUGAUAUUCGAUUUCAACAGGUCAGUGAUCCAGUGGCAGCUGAGUUUAGCUUGAAUACCCAAAUGUACCUACUCUCCAAGAAGAGUCUCUGGUUGUCUGAUGGAUCCAUGGGAUUUGGGCAAGAAAGUGAUGUUGCUUUCGCAGAAGGCGAUGUCAUCUAUGGUCGUGUCAUGGUAGAUCCUGUCCAGAAUCUAGGAGACUCCUUUUACUGCAGCAUCGAGAAGGUGUUCCUGUGCACUGGGGCCGAUGGCUAUGUGCCUAAGUAUAGUCCAACCAAUGCAGAGUAUGGCUGCCUAGCUGACUCACCUUCACUUCUAUACAGGUUUAAAAUUGUGGACAAAGCUCAGCCACUGACACAAGCCACAAGUUUUGGAAAUGUCCUAUUCAAUGCCAAACUGGCAGCAGAUGAUCCUGAAGCCAUUCUCUUAGUAAAUCAGCCUGGAUCUGACGGAUUUAAAGUUGACUCAACACCACUCUUUCAGGUUGCUCUGGGCCGAGAAUGGUACAUACACACAAUCUAUACAGUAAGAUCAAAAGACAACACCAACCGAGGUAUUGGCAAAAGAAGUGUGGAAUCUCAGUACCAUUCUCUGGUGAGUCAAGGGAAGCUCCAGGCAACUACGAUGGGCCGGAAGAAGAGAGAGAUCAGGAGUACACCCUCACUGGCGUGGGAAAUCGGUGCUGAAAACAACCGCGGAACAAACAUCCAGCACAUUGCCCUGGACCGCACCAGCAAGAGACGAAUUCCCCACGGGAACGUCCCUGCUGACGGCGUCCUCCCUAGGGAGCUCAACAGUCCCAGCUCUGAGGUCAACCUGGUCACUGUCAUGGGAGGCGUCGCUGUGGGAUUACUCACCAUCUGCCUCGCCGCCAUUGCAGCAAUGAUGUGCAGGAGCAAGAAGAGCUGCAGGGGCAAGGACGCCCCCAAAGGGUCCGGCAGCAGUGAGCCAAUGAUGCCCCCACAGAACCACCACAGCGACAGCUCAGAGGUUUGAUGACCCCAAGUGCAAUUCAGCCUUUUCCCAAGUGCCUCAAAAAACACCCCAAUCAACCCCCCAAUACUUCUGGUAAACAUCAGAGAAUUGGGACUGCUGUGAUGAAGCUGCUCAGUGGACCUGGUACUAAUAGACCUUGAUUCAAGUUCUGUCUCCUAUGUCACAUAUCAAACACAAACUCAGGCCACAUCGAAGAGCCCAAAAGACAGCAACGAUGUGUUCGCUCGUACUCAGAGCCAUAGCUGAACGGUGCGGAAUGUGCUUCUCGGUUCGGGAAUGUUCUCUACACAGUGGGAAUGAACCUACUCAACAGUGCUAACAGACCCUCUCUGAAGUUUAAGAGGAGUCUAUUGUUGCUGUUAGUGUAAUUUAAAGGUGCAAUUUUCGCAUUGUUUAUUCACUAUAUAAUAGAUUAUUACUAGAAAAGCUUUAAUUGGUAGUCUGGAAGAAUGAUGAACACACUGUUUAUUAUGACAAGUUUUCUAAUAGGUGAAAAUAGCAUCUCAAUUAUGACCAGGGUAGCUCAACCCACAUAUCACUUUUUCUAUUAUUUGGGAGAGAAUGGAAGGAAAAAUAGAGGGAAGAGAAUUCGUUCACUUUAUAUUUGAAUUGCUCUUGUCUUCAUGAGACCCUCCUUGUUUUAUUUGCUUAUUUAAUUUUAAAUUAAACCAAAGAAUAUGU